AGAAAACACAUCCCACUAGGCUUCACCUACUACUUAUUAUCGCUAUAUCUAUGUAUCUGUAAUUUUUACUAGCUUAGUUGAAGCUUCCAAUAAUCAUCACAUACACAGUAGUUAUUUCAGAGUCAAUUACCAUGAAGAUGAUGAUAGACCUUGGGAAUCAAAGAGGUCAUCCUCUCCAUAUAAACACAAUGGACAUUGCGAUGGCCACUUCGAUCGAUUGUGGCCGUGAAGUUCGGUUCCGCCGAUCCAUAUGGUCCCUUGUCGAAUGCAUGGUCCCUUGUUUCGGCUUCCCGCCUUCGGUCCCGGUCUCCGGCAACGACACCGACUCGUUGAACACGCCGACUUCUCCUUCGACGUCGACCAUCACCGGGACCUUCUUCGGGUACAAGAAGGGUCGCGUGAGCUUCUGCCUGCACGACGACACGCGGGGAUCUCCGAUCCUGCUGUUGGAGUUGGGGGUCCCGACGGCGUACCUGGCGAGGGAGAUGCAGCACGGGCUGAUGAGGAUAGCGUUGGAGUGCGAGAAGAGCAAGGAGAGGCCGUCGUCGUCGUCGUCGUGCUGGCUCUAUGAGGUGCCGGUUUGGUCCAUGUACUGCAACGGGAGGAAAGUUGGGUUCGCCGUAAAGAGGCGGGUGAGCGGCGGAGAUGCGGCGGUGCUGAAGACGAUGGAGUCGAUGUCGGUGGGGGCGGGGGUUUUGCCGGUGGGGGGAAAGUGUGAGGAGGAGCUGAUGUAUAUGAGAGCUAGUUUCCAGAGGGUGAUUGGGUCACCACACUCGCACUCGUUUCACAUGAUUAACCCACUGGGUAGCACUGCCCAGGAACUCAGUAUAUUCCUAUUCAGAUCAUAACAUCUUAUAGUAUUUUACUUUGUAUUUAAGUAGCACAUUACCAUGAAUAAAUUCUCUUAGUUUUCUUUCUCUA